CUUGAAUCAGAUUUGUUGAAAGAUUGAUUUUCCACUCUUAACAUUGAAACAUGAAGAGGGAAGGAAAGUCGGAUGUUACAAGGCCGUAUAAAUUGGCUCACCAGACUUUGUGUAUCCGUGCAAUAAAUCUCGAGAAGAAGUCCUUAAUAGGCUAUGUUGAACUUCUCAUCCAUCCCCUAAGACAUGAUUUAAAAAGGGUGAAGAUUAACAGCAAACAGUGUCGUAUUUAUCAUGUGUCUAUAAAUGACCAGCAUGAGGCCAAAUUUUUGUAUAAUGACCCAACACUAGAAAUAUGCCAGGGAGAUGCAAAACAGAGAAACCUGGAUUACUUUCAGCAUUGCCAUUUCUCUGCAAUGUCUGCCGUUGAUCCUGACAAUGGGAAUGGAGAAAUCACUGUCCGUCUCCCUCCAGAAAUGUACAUGCAUAUAGCAGAGUUACGCCCAUUUCGUGUAUGCAUUGAGUUUUCCUUAGAAAAUCCGAAAGGUGGUCUGCAUUUUGUUAUACCAGACAUACAAGGACCUGUUCAUGAAAAAGCUCCACAUGCAUUUACUGGAGGCCUUAAUAAUUGUUCCAGACUAUGGUUCCCAUGUCUGGACACAUAUUCAGAGCCAUGCACAUGGAAAAUUGAGGUGACUGUUGACAAUGAAUUGACAGCUGUGACCUGUGGGGACCUCAUUGAGGUGAUAUCAACCACUGACAAAAAAAGGAAGACGUUCCACUACUUCCUGUCAGUUCCUACAUCUGCACCUAACAUUGGAAUGGCUGUAGGGCCAUUUGAAAUCUAUGUGGAUCCCAACAUGCAUGAAGUGACCCACUUCUGUUUACCACAUCUGUCAGAAAUUCUUAAAUAUACAACAAACUAUAUUCACAAGGCUUUUGAGUUUUACGAGGAGCUGUUGUCUAGUAGAUAUCCAUACUCCUGCUAUAAACACGUAUUCGUGGAUGAAGCUUAUGAUGAAUCUACUUCUUAUGCCACCUUGUCAAUUCUGAGCACAAACUUGUUACACUCCAACAGGAUUAUAGACCAGACCAUAACCACAAGGAACAUCCUGGCAGAGGCCAUUGCUAAACAGUUCUUUGGAACCUUCAUUGCCAUGCAAACUUGGUCUGAUGCCUGGCUGCCGCUUGGAAUCUCUGGUUAUUUAGGCGGCCUUUUCAUCAAGAAAACUUUUGGAAACAAUGAGUACAGGUUCCGAAUUUCAAAUCAUUUGAAAGAUGUCCAAGAAUAUGAGAACAGAGUGGGAGGAAUUGUGUUAGAUCCAACAAAACGUGACUCCAAUCAUCACUUCUCUAUCAAGAGCCCCCAUACAGUCUCCCCACGAUACAUGGAGGCUUUCAGAUCCAAAUCUCUGCUGGUUAUCAGGAUGUUGGAGCAGAGGAUAGGGGAACAACUCCUUAUACAGGUUUUUAAUAAGCUAGUAGCCUUGGCCUCGACAGGAGCUUCACAGAAAGUGGGGGCCAAUGCCUGGGGAAACCUCCUCCUGUCCACAUCAUCUUUUCUUAAGAUCAUAUCAACUGUGACAGGGAAAGACAUCAGUCCUUUCCUAGAUCUAUGGGUGUCCCAGAGUGGAUGUGCCAGAUUUUUUGGAAAUUUUGUGUUCAACAGAAAAAGAAAUGUGGUAGAGUUAGAGUUGAAACAGGAUCUUGGUGCCAAAGGGUCCAUCAAAUAUGUGGGACCACUGACAGUUACUAUUCAGGAAUUGGAUGGUUCUUUCAACCAUAACUUCAAAAUUGAGGAAAACAAGACAAAGUUUGACAUAACUUGCCAUUCAAAAUGCAGAAGAAAUAAGAAGAAAAAGAUUCCACUAAUGACCGGGGAGGAGGUUGAUAUGGAUCUUAGUGCCAUGGAUGCUGAUUCUCCAGUUUUAUGGCUGCGCGUUGAUCCAGAUAUGAGCUUACUGAGUCAUGUGACUUGGGAACAACCAGAUUACAUGUGGCAGUACCAGCUCCGAUAUGAACGGGACAUUGUUGCUCAGAGAGAGGCCAUCAGAGCUUUGGAGAAUUACCCCACAGCAGGGACCAGAAGAGCACUGACAGACAUACUGGAGGAUGACCACUGCUUCUACAGAAUCAGGAUGGAGGCUGCAUACUGUCUGGCAAAGGUUGCCAAUUCAAUGGUGGGUGUGUGGGCAGGACCCCCAGCAAUGAUGACAAUCUUUAGAAAAAUGUUUGGAUCCCAUUCUUGUCCUGCCAUCAUCAGACAGAAUAACUUCUCCAAUCUCCAACAUUACUUCUUACUCAAGACUAUCCCAAAUGCCAUGGCCAUGCUGCGUAAUAUUCACACAAUAUGUCCCCCAGAAGUGUUCAAAUUCAUCAUGGAGCUCUUCAAGUAUAACGACAACAGCAGAAACAAGUUCUCUGACAACUACUACAGAGCUGCAUUGGUGGAUGCUGUUGCUAAAACUGUGACUCCUGCCAUUACUCUCAUGACUACACCAGGACAGGGUCCUACAGCUGACAAUUUAUCAUUAGAAACCAAACAGAUUCUGGAGGAAAUUACUCGUUACUUGAACCUAGAGAAAUUACUGCCAUGUUACAGGCACACAGUUACUGUUAGUUGUCUCAGUGCCAUCAGAACUCUACAGAAGUUUGGCCACCUGCCCAGUGAGGUAGAAUUCUUUAAGAGUUACGCCAGGCAUGGAGUGUUUAGGGACAUUAGGCUGGCCGCUAUUGAUGCCAUAGUUGACUUCAUCAAAACGGAGUCUAGACCAGAGGACAUGUACUGGAUUUUGAGUUUAGUGGAGACAGAUCCAGAUCUUUACAUCAGGCAUUAUGCACUCCAACAACUAGUGUUAAAUCCACCCUUCAGAAGAUUGGAAGCUAGUGCCCUACACACAGAGGGAUUAGUAGAGAGACUAUGGAAGAUGAUGAAUUGCACAUUUUCCUAUGACAGUAGGUUACGAUGUGAUGUGGUCGACGUUUAUUUCACACUGUAUGGACGGACACGCCCAUCUUGUUUACCUAUACCUGAUAACAUGGUUGUGCUAAAUCUGAAGGACAAGAGAAAUAGAAUGAAUCCAGCAUUUGUUCCUGAUGAAAUGGAGGAGAUGUUUGAUGAUGAGGAUGAGGAGCUUAUGGAGGAGGAGAAUUCUCAGAUGGACACAGAGACAGAUGUUGAUGUCACCAACAUUGGGGGUGAGGACUCCUCCCUAAAGAGGAAGUCACCCCCUGCCUCUGACACAUCAGUAGUUAUGUCCCUCGGAAGUGUCCCAGAGACUUGUCCCGAGGGUAUAUUCAAUGAGGACAGCACAUCACAGUCCAAAAAGCUUAAACUCAAGAUGCCCUCAGAACCUCCGGUGGAGACCCAGGUAUCUGAGCCCCCAGUGGUCUCCGGGACUCAGGAAGUCACGGUGCCAAAAACACCAAUCACUCCGUCAUCAGCUACAUCUGCUUAUGCUGCUGAAUUCCUCAAAUUUGUUGGGGUCAAACAAGAGCCACCAGCUCCAGAAUCUCAGAUGUCCAUCACCAUGGAUACGUCGUCUCGACUGAGUGAGGGAUCCUCAUCUCCUACGAACACUCCAAGGCCAUCAGAAUCUGGUGCUCCCCUGUCAUUUGCUGGACUGUUGCCAUCUUCAGCAUCUGCUACAGAUUUGUCGUCUGCUACAGACUCUAAAGCACAUAAAGCCAAAAAGAAAAAGAAGAAAAACAAACACAAGCAUAAACACAAGCACAAACAUGACAGACCAGACAAGGAUCCAUUGGAGAGGAUCCGAGAGGGGUCUCAAAACAGCUCAGAAAAUUCACCAAGUCUACAACAUUCUACACUCAGUUCCCCUGAAUUUGAAAUUUAACUUUCAAAAUGAUGUAAAUGAUGUAAAUAAAUGAUAUAAAUAAAG